GCCCCACUCCUGAUAGUGUGUGGUGCAAGUGUGCCCUCUCUCUCUUAAGAUAAACAUUUUUAAAAAAGAGAGUAAGUUUAAAUGAUGAUUAUGGCAAAUAAAUGCCAUAUGUCAGGUGUUGAGUGUUUAUCGUAACUUUAAAACCUUUUUUAAAUGACACCACACACAUGACCUAACAGGAAGUAUUUCUAAAUGAAAUUGCCCAAGAAAGCUCUUCCUCAACUCUAUUUCAGUUCUAAACUGGCUAACAAUACAAGUUAUUAAUUAAUCUUAGGACCUGGCUAGGGUGUGGUUCUGAAAAAAGGAACUGAAAUUCUUCAGAAAGUCUCCCAAGUUCUGUAUAGUGAGCUCUGCAAAGAAGUUCCACAUUUCUAAGCAACUAGCUUUGAAGGAAAUUGGUCGGGCAAGCUCUAGGAUUACGUGUCCCCUUAGGAAAGUUUACAAGACACACCUGGUUUACCAGUAUUUCUGACUUCCUGCUGAGCUGAAACUGCUUGUUUUGUGGAGAAGGAAAACUCUGCAGCAAACACCUAAAAUGAAGAGCCCCCGAACUUUUGAGGAGCAAACGGAAUGCAUUGUGGACACGUUACUCACAGACUUCUUAAGCACCACCGUGCAGGUUGCUAACCGGAACCUAUGUUGCGAAGAUGAAACAGACUCAGGAGAGUCUUCCUCUUUUGACGUGGCCAUCGUUGCUGGUCGCCUUCGGAUGCUGGGUGACCAGAUCAACGAAGAAAUGGAAGCUUCUGUCAAAAACGUCAUUUCAGAAACCAUUCGGGGACAGGCAGGAACUAUACUGCAGGAUGCCGUAAAUUCUCUCAGCCAGACCUGGUGUGCUAAGGAUCCCAGCUUAGGUUAUGAGAGAGCCUUUUUGGCGGUGUCUGUGAAGGUUCUUGAAUUUGUGGCCCGCAUGGCUCCUGAAAUGGCAAGACAGGUGGCUGUCCCCAUAGUAAACAUGAUCAACGGGAACAGUGCCGUCCGGGAGUUUGUCCAGGGCCAGGGAGGUUGGGAGAACCUGGAGAGCUGAAGAAGCAGCGGCUGUUUGCCAGCCUGAACAUCACUGCCUCCAUGACGGAUCAGUUGAUUGAUUUCUGGUGAUCAAAACAGACAACCAAAUCCAAAGCUGCUUUCUUUUGGACAGAACCAAACUUAGCUGAAUAAUUUCUUUCUUACUGAUUGCUAAAGCUGGGAGGUCUGCAGAGAUUUUGCGCGUUGUUUUUACGAGAGUUUUUAUGAGGUACCAUGUGAGCAAAGACCUCCAGACCCAAAGGAAUGACUUGUUAGGAGGAGCUCAGGCACGGAGCAGGGCUUUGCUGGAGACGGUUUGGGAAGGGGAGCGCGCAGUGAACCGUUCCUUCACGUUCCGCCUUGUCCUUCGGUAAGGGUCUUGUCUGCUCGUUUUGCAGUCUAGGACUUUAGGGAGAUUUUUGUUGGAAUCUUGCUACUUGAAAUUGGAAAUUUUCUUUUGAAUUUGUAACCUGAGUUUUGUGUUAAUUUCACCAAAGCAGAACUACUUUCUGCUUCUUUAGGUUGAAACCAAAAGAUAGCAGCUUCUGCCCCUGCCCUCAUACCAGAAAGGCCGACAAAAGAUAAAACAGUGAGUGCGUUCUUACUGCCACAGGAUGCAGGAAGUGCUGGCCCACAUCUGGGACAGAGGGGCCAUCCCGGCUUACAUGAAACGAGCUGUGUGCCACAGUGUUUUCAAACCAAAGAGCGGGCUCCAUGCCACUUCUGGACCUUAUAAAUUGCCAGGUUCCAGGCCCCAUCCCUAGAGAUUCUGAUUCUGCAGGGGUGGACUGGGGUCCUACCAGCUCCACAGGGGAUUCUAAUGUACAUAUAGAACUUGAGACCCAUCAGUUUAGAGCAGGGAUUGGCCAAAUCCUGCCAGCUGCCUUUUUUGUAAAGUGUUUUAUUGGAUGGCAGCUACACGCACUUGUUUACAUGCUGUUUUGGUACUGCAGCGGCAGAGCUGAGGGCUCACAGCAGACGCCACAUGGCCUGUAAAAUAUACUUACUAUCUGGCUCUUUACAGAAGUUUGUAGACCCUUGCUUCAAAGCUAAAUGAACAUUUCCCCUUCAAUAAUGUACAUUCUGUUGCAAUCCUGAUAAUUCCUGCCAAACACCAUUGUACACAGGAUAACUCUGUGUUUUAGAAUUUAGUCAAAGAGUGUUUGUUGGUUCUUGCAUAGUCCGCACUUUCUCUGGGACCUUGGGAAAUCAGAAAGCUCUGUGACUCCCGAGUAGAGGGUCGGUAGAGGGUAUACAUUUCCCUGGUCCUGCCAUACGUGAUUGGAAGUGAAGCAUAUGGUGACUAUGGUAUGUGUAUCUCCAGAUAGUCCUUAAUAGUCUCGUAGAUUAGUAGGCAGUCAUCACUCUUACAUUCAUAAGUCCCCAAACCAGACUGCUUACCUUGUUGUCAAGAAGCAAAGCAUUGCUAGAUCUAUUUUGAAGAGAGGCAUUAGUAGUUUGGUCACUGUUCGGCUAAAGUGUAACCACAUCCCCUCCCGUCUGCCAGCCAGCUAUCUGUUUCCCCUAAAUGCACAGAAUUAAAGAUGCAGCGCCGCUACUAUAUUUUGACUUCUUCAAGGUAUGCUGUUUCCUCUCUUCAUAGAGAAAUCACAAUAGUUUAGUAAUCCCAAAUGAGGUUUCAUGUUUCUUUUAAGUAGAAAUUAGCUUUUUUUUUUUUUUUUGCUACCAGCUUAAGGCACUUGAUGUAUUCCUUUGCCCCUUACAUUACUGUAAAUUCAACAGGAUGGGCUUUGUGGUCUUUUACUUCUUAGGUAAAAUCACUAUUUUCACUUUGACCAAGGCUGUUUUGUUCAUGAAAUAAAGCUGUGUCUAUGUAUUUGAACUAAUUCUCAGCAAGUGCAAUCUAAAUUGAAUGAUACAGGAACAGAAUAGAUUGGGGGUUGCCCAGGGCAAGGGGUGGUAGGUGGGGGAAAUGACUGACGGUGGCCAAAGGGUAUAAAUUUCCAGUUAUAAGAUGAAAAAGGUCUGGGGGAGUGACGUACAUCAUGGUGACUAUAGUUAACAAUACCGUAUCAUGUAUUUAUGAGACUGCGCUGAGGCACCUCCAUAUCAUGUACUUAGAAGUUGCCAAAAGAGUAGAUUUUUAAAGUUCUUACCACACCCAUACACACAAAACACUCCCAUUUAUUUAUCGGCCCUAUAUUUAUGUAUUUAUAUUUAAAAAAAAUGUUUAAGUAAUCUCUACACCCAGAAUGGGGCUUGAACUCAUAACCCUGAGACUAAGAAUCAUAUAUUCCACUAACCAAGCCAGCCAGAUGCCCCGAAACACAUUGAUUAACUAGGCGAGGUGAUGGAUGUGUUAACUAACCUUACUGUGGUAAUCAUUUUGAAAUAUAUACAUAUAUCACAUCAUUACAUUGUACACCUUAAAUGUAUACAACUUUAUAUGUCAAUUCUCUCUCAAUAAAGCUGAAAAAUAAAUGAUAUAUGUCAGAGGCCA